AUGUCUCCCGCCCGGAGCUGCUGCUACUCCUGCUGCUGUCGCCGCCGCCGCCGCUGUUCUUCGGGCCCCGCUUCGCCCGGGGCCGCUGCCUUCCUCAUCCGGGACUUCCAGGGGAACGGCUUCCGGUUUGUCGACACGAAGAACCACAAGCCCCAGAAUGCCCAGCGGCCGCUUUGCGGUUUCCCUUUCACGGCUCUACUUUUCUAUCUCUAUGGUUCCGGAAGUCGGUCUGCCCUUAGCCCCCACCCCCACCACCGGAAGUCGUUUUCGCUUCGGUGGGAGGGUCUUAUAUGCAGGCCGCGGCGCCGGCUCUACUUCCUUUUCCGGCCACAGCAGGAGAGAGGAGCAGGCGCCGCAGCCAUGUCGCUCGUUAUCCCCGAGAAGUUCCAGCACAUCCUGCGAGUCCUCAACACCAACAUCGACGGGCGGCGGAAGAUCGCCUUUGCCAUCACCGCCAUCAAGGGGGUGGGCAGGCGUUAUGCCCACGUGGUGCUGAGGAAGGCGGACAUCGACCUGACCAAGAGGGCUGGAGAGCUCACCGAAGAUGAGGUGGAGCGUGUCAUCACUAUAAUGCAAAACCCUCGUCAGUACAAGAUCCCUGACUGGUUCCUGAACAGGCAGAAGGACGUCAAGGACGGGAAGUAUAGCCAGGUCUUGGCCAACGGGCUGGACAACAAGCUCCGCGAGGACCUGGAGCGGCUGAAGAAGAUCCGGGCGCAUCGGGGCCUGCGCCACUUCUGGGGCCUACGUGUCCGUGGCCAGCACACCAAGACCACCGGCCGUCGUGGCAGAACCGUGGGCGUCUCAAAGAAGAAGUAAAUCUUUUCCCAUGCAGAUAAUAAUAAAAAAGAGUUUUCUCAAU